AUGCCUUCAAGCGACCAUCGGCGCGAGAGCCGGCCAGUGCCUCAGCACAAUGGCGUGUUACACAAUGAGACUUCACCACUUCUUCCUCAAAUUCCAGAAAUCAGCGAAAGUGAGCCAUCAAAGUCGUUGACUGAUGUCCAUAGCCUUUGGGCUGAGGCAAGGCUGCUAUGCAAGUACUCGCUGCCUUUGAUUGCAACAUAUCUUCUUCAGUAUUCCUUCACGGUCAUCACUACCAUCGUUGCUGGUCGCUUGGGCGCCGAGGAGCUUGCGGCAUCUAGUCUGGCUUUGACAACCAUGAAUAUCAUUGGCUUUACCAUCUUUGAGGGAAUGGCUACGGCACUCGAUACACUCUGUGCCCAGGCCUACGGUUCAGGUCGCUAUACCGGAGUGGGAAUGCAUAUCCAGCGCAUGCUGGUCUUAAUGGCAAUCGUCAUGGUCCCUGUCGGCGCCAUCUGGCUAUGCUCUCACUGGAUUCUCCCGUUGCUUGUCCCUCAGGAAACCCUCGCUCUCAAGGCCGCUUCUUUUCUACGCGUCAGUCUCGUCGGUCUACCAGGAUACGCAUUCUUCGAAGCUGGCAAGAGAUUUCUUCAAGCACAAGGUGAGUUUGGCCCGGGUAUGAUGGUGCUCAUCAUCUGCGCUCCCGUCAACGCUUUCCUGAGCUGGUACUUCGCCGUCAAGCUCGACAUGGGCCUCGAUGGAGCUGCGUUCGGUCAGGCGCUCGCCAACAAUUUGCGUCCUGCGUUGCUUCUGCUGUAUGUCAUGUUCAUUGGGAAGAAGUCUCACAGAUGCUGGGGCGGAUGGGACGCUCGCGCUGCUUUUGCAGUGAGUGAAUGGGGCCCUAUGGUUCGUCUCUCUAUUGCCAGUACGGCUGUCAAUGCUGCAGAGUGGCUUGCUUUUGAGAUUCUCAUGAUCAGCACCUCCUAUAUUGACACUCGUCAUCUCGCGGCCCAGACAGUCCUCAACACCGUCUCCAUUGUUACAUGGCAUGUGCCGUUCUCUAUCAGCGUCGCAGUCACCACUCGCUUCGGCCACCUCGUCGGCGCAGGAGCACUCAAGGAGGCACGACGAGCUGCAAUUCUGUACUCCAUAGUCUUCGUCGUUGUCGGUAUUCUCGAUGGAGCCUUCUUGUUCUUGUUACGUAGACCGCUUGCAAACAUGUUCUCCGACGAUACAACCGUCAGAGACUUGGCCACCGGUUCCAUGCUUGCUGUUGCCUGCUUCCAGAUCAUUGACUCUGUCAUCUGCGGCACCAACGGUGUAUUAAGGGGUCUGGCGAAGCAGUCAGUUGCUGCCUGGGUCGUGCUGGCGGUCAACUAUCUGGCUGCUGUGCCUUUUGCCAUCUGGCUUGAGCUUGGAAGUCCCGAUAUGAAAUUGGACGGUCUUUGGAUCGGUCUUGGAAGCGGAAUGGUUGUUAUUGCGGUUAUUGAGUGUGCGUAUAUGAAAUGGAUUAGCUGGCAGGAUUGUGUGGAUGAUGUUAAAGAGAGGGAAGAUGACGGAGCAUAG